AUGUUUCGCAAGCACGACAAGGACUCCUCCUCCACCACCUCCAAGGGAUCCAAGAAGCAAUCCAAACCAAAGCCAGCCAUGACCGACGCAGCGAAAUCAGGACGCCCCGGCAACCUCGACGCUUCCCAACAAGAGGCGCUCGACACCUUCCGCACAACCAUCCAGCACAAGGGCCUCUUCAACCCGGAGCGUCACGACGAUGCCUGCCUCUGCCGAUUCCUCCGCGCACGCAAGUGGGACCAAGCCGCCACCGAGGCCAUGUUCACCGAGGCCGAAAAGUGGAGAUCCGAAUUCAACGUGGAGCAGCUCUACCACAACUUUGAGUAUCCCGAAAAGGCGCAGGUAGACCAGUACUACCCGCAAUACUACCACAAGACCGACAACGACGGUCGCCCCAUCUACAUCGAGCAGCUCGGCAAACUCGACCUCAAGGCGCUCUACCAGGUCACCACCCCAGAACGCCAGAUCCAGAAACUCGUCGUCGAGUACGAAAAGUUCCAGCGCGAGCGUCUCCCCGUCUGCUCCGCCCAUCGCGGCGAGCUCGUCGAAACCUCGUGCACCAUCAUGGACCUCAAGAACGUCGGCAUCUCCGCCUUCUGGAAGGUAUCCACCUACGUACAGCAGGCCUCCAACAUCGGCCAGCACUACUACCCAGAGACCAUGGGCAAGUUCUACAUCAUCAACGCUCCUUACAUCUUCACCACCGUAUGGUCCGUCAUCAAGGGCUGGCUCGACCCCGUCACCGUCGAAAAAAUCAAGAUCCUCGGUCACAAGUACCAGGACGAACUCCUCCAGCAGAUCCCCGCCGAAAACCUCCCCGAGGCGCUCGGCGGGAAGUGCAACUGCCCGGGUGGAUGCUCCCUCUCCGACGCCGGUCCCUGGAACACCGAAGAGGGCCGUCAGAUCAUCGAAAAGGUGCGCGAGGAGGAGAAGCAAAAGAGGGAGCACCACGAACGCACCGCCUCGGCUGCCGCUCCUGCCGCCGAUGCCAACGCUGCGCCUGCUGCGCCUGCCGCUGCUCCUGCCGCACAAAACGGCUCGGCUCCCGCCGCCUGA